CCCCGAAGGGUGGUGACAACCCCUUAGGGAAGAAAGUUUAUGCCCCACGGGAAAGUGUCCUGUUGUAGGGGACCGCGAGAUGUACAGUUGGCGCACCCGGCUAGAGCGGCGACGAAACGACGCGACCCCGACCGUCUCGGCAGCUCGCGGCAUGUGUUGCGUCGUUCAGAUUCAAACUUACUGUAGCACGGCCCCUGUCGAACCCGAAUCCCAGGUUGCAUUCUCUACUUCUUGUAUUGGUGGGGAAGCUAAGGAGUGGGUUUUGGCCGAAGCCAAUGCCGCAGGGUUCAAUGACAUCGGGGAGUGGGCUGGAACAUUGAACCUCAAACAGUUCCUUGGGAAGAUCAAGGAACGGUUUUUGGACAAAACGACGGCCGACAAGGCCUUUGACCAGCUCACCACGAUUGGUCAAAAGCAUUGGACCUCUGUGGAGUCGUUAUCACGGGAAGUUGAUCGGUUGCUGCAGGUUCCAGGAUUAAACCUGCAAGACAACCAGGUCUUGUACAUUUAUUUCCGAGCUCUGCCCGAGCCCAUUCGUGGACAACUCGUGGCAGAGUCUAAGUCGGGUAAGUAUAACUAUAGGCAAUUUCGGGAUUUGGCUCUCCAACGAGAGCAAAUGAUCUCUCAGGUAAAAAAUUCUUAUGCAUCUGUUGUGAAAUAUGGUGGUGGUGCAGGUACAGGCAACAAGAUCGACUUGAAAUCUGGGUAUCACCAGAUUGAGGUGGAACCCUGCGAUCAGCAUAAGAUCGCUUUCCGGACCAGUGACGGACAGGCGAGCAAAGUCAGACCCAUGGAUGGACUCGAGGAAGGACAAAGCGACAGACAGGUGCUACUGGACUUUCGUACCGCCUUCCAUGGGAGUGUGUUCGAGCAGUACCACAUGCUCCCCAUCCAAGUGACGACUCUUGACGCAGUUAAAUCUGCAACCUCUGAUGGUUUCUGGUAUUUAAGCGAGUUCCUCCUACAGGCAGGAAAUGCCGAUCUGCUGAAGAGAGAUCGGGAUGCUUUUGUUCCACAGUUUGAUACAUUCGUUGAAACAGAUCUGGACAGUGAUGAUAUGUUGAUGUACCAUGCCUACAUAGACAUGGCUAAAGCAUUUUUGAAUGAGCUGCCUGAUGUCUUUGAGGAGGUUUUUUCGUCUGUUGAACCGAAUAAAAAAUCUGCAAACUCGUACAUGGUACAUGCGGAGUUGGCGGUCCGAUUGGCAGGGUUUGUGCUCGCUCAUUCCCGUGAUUAUUUGGCUAAAAUGUUUCAUCGGUCAGGGAUGGAUGUUGUGCAGGAGAGUGACCUCAGUCUCGCAAGCAACAUGUUUCACUUUUGCAGAAACAUGCAAAAAGAGCCUUGGGAUGAUACAUAUUUCAGUAGAGCCAUUGUAGUCCAUUUUAUUGACUUCGACUUGGUGGGAAGUGACGGCAAGCAUUUUCCAUUACGAAUGCGCAUGCUCAAUAUGAUUUGGGAAGAGGAACUUGGCACCGGCUGGUUUGCUGAUGUGCAAGAUCAUGAGACAGACAUCCUGAUUGCCACAGCCAGCGAUGUAUCGUCUGACAACUUGACAGAACUCCAGAUCAUGGCUGCGGACAUUGUUAAGCAACGUUACAAGCCACAUGGAGAUAUCACUACAUUGCAGCUAACAUCAGGGUAUUUCAAAUAUUCUAGCGACGAGGACCCCGAGGAGGGCCAUGCCAACCUUCUUUGUAUCGCUCCAAUUUUAACGGAUGUCCCGAAGGACAUGCUGUUUGGUGUUCUUGAAAUCGUGGAGUUAGAGAUGGACAAGAAACGGAUUGAGGUGGACUACAGAUAGCGAUGGAAGUUUGCGAGGAUUGAAGAGAUGUAGAUGUGAAAUGGCUAGGAGGGGACACGUAAUCGUAUUGAGCGAUGGAAGUUCACGAGGAGAAGAUUGCCUUCUGUGCUUCUUUUCUGCACAGUUGUCACUUGCGCUGACUCGGGGUAAGGUCAUGUGUAGGGUCUGGUGCGUGAUGCUGGAGAGAGUACUGUCGGUGAAUGAGGUGGUGUUGGCUGCUGAGAUAAUUAAAAUAAGUCCGCUCAAAGUGGAGAACUGUUAACAUUGCUAUGGUCUGAACCUCCCCAGAUGGUCGCAUCAGGUCGCAUCU